CAAUAAAACAAUGCAUACAAAGAAAAUACUUUAAUGUGGUAACAUUUUACAAUUUACUUAAAGCUUGCAAACAUUUGUUAUAAUUUUUCAAUAAUCGAUAUCUUGAUGGUGAUCAUCCAAUUUUGGGCUAUCGUCUGUUUUUUCAACGCAACUUAUGGUCUGAAACGGUGGCUGCCAUACCCCAUAAUAUCAUCACCCUUCGUUUAUGAUGUUGACCAAAAACUUUCGAGUCAGGAAUUAAAAACAGACAAUAAUAAAGAAUCAGCUGAAGUAUUGACAAAAGAUAAAGAAAACUACUUCACUAGGCUGACUCCUGUAGAAAAUGCAGGUGGUAAAGAAGUAACCAAACCAACAAUAACCGAUAUCACAUAUAACUAUAGUAAUUUAGUUUUAACGACAGCGAUAAACGAAUUUCGUAAAGAAAUGUUUACUUCAAAUUUAAAUAUAAUACAAGAUAAUACCAUUGACUUUAUUAAGAAAACUAUACGUGCGACUAAAUUUCCUAAGAAGCCACACCGAGUUACUGAGCGUUAUCAGAAAUCAGAAGAUUUUUUCCAGGAUAGGGAUUUCACAAGAAGCGAAUCACAUUCACGAGAAACAACCGAGGAAAAUCAUUACAGGGUGCUCACUCCCGCUCGACGCAUCUUCCGCGGACACAAAACGAAGAUCCAGCACUUUCCUUUUUUGGUGACCGUUCACGUGCUCGGCCGGUUCGUGUGUGGCGGCACUAUCAUCAAAUCCGACCUGGUCAUAACCGCCGCUCAUUGUUUGAAAAGGUGGCAAGAAUGGAUUUUUCGCACCACCAUUACACCAGAAGCAACAACCAAUGGGACCACCACUAAUGAGACCACGACCGAUACAAUCACGACCGACAUAAUCACGACCGACACAAUCAAGACCGAUACCGAUGCAAUCACAGCUGAUACAUACGCUGAUGAAACUGGACCUAUCCUGAAAGAUGUUGAGACCACUACAACGACACUAGACGACAAUAAAAUAAUAAUUCACUCGGACGAAUCAGGCAAAAGCUCGAGCUACGAAACUUAUCCACCGAAGACAGUCGUCACGGAAGAAACCUCUACACCUCAGACUCUUGGUCUCCUCUCAGUUCGCAUUGGCACGAACUAUUACAGACUAGAGGGGAAGGUGGUCCAGGUCAUAAAUGUUUACUUUCACCCUUCAUACAAUGAGAAAAAUUUGCAAGACAACCUGGUCAUCAUGAGACUGGAGAGAGACCUCAAGUUCAAAAGUAAGAGAGUACGCAAGAUAGAGAUCAGUACCGACGCGUAUGCUGUGUCAGAGGGUACUGAAGUGACCAUUGCCGGUUGGGGUGCUAAGACUUACCACAACAAAAUCUUUAAUGCUUUAUGGAAUUUGAUCCACAAGGCUGUCUUGACUGUCAGUCCCCAAUAUGAGUGCGCGGAUACAUAUACUGAGAACUACAUCAGAACAACGAACUUUUGUGCGCUCAAUGAAAACCACGAGGGAGCAUGCAAUGGCGAUGCUGGUAACCCUGCGGUGGUGGAUGGGGUGCUAGUGGGUGUUGUCAGUUUUGGCCCCCCUAACUGCGGGCAAUGGGACGCUCCUACAGUCUUCACCAACGUUGGCUACUACGCAGACUGGAUUCAAGGGAUCAUGGACAUAUCCCUGGAAUCAUCAUCAUCGUCACCAUCAUUAUCGUCAGAUGAAACUACAAGCCCCGAAGAAGCAACAACAGAAACAACAACAGAACCGACCACCGAGUGUGCUGGAUGGAGUGGUUGGACAAGGAAAAAAACUACCACAACCACGAUACCUACAGACCCUACAGACGCUACAGACCCUACAGUACUUACACCUGUAUACUAUGUUGAUGAUAUUAACGAAGACGAACAAGAUCUUUCGAAAUUACUUAUUUUUCGUAGGAGAAAGUUUGAAAAUUUAAAAUUAAGAAGGAAAUUUAGAGUAGAACAGAUUGAUGAUAGUGAGCAACAUAGUACAACGAUGGUUCCAUUGGACAAUACUCUCCCGAAAAUAUCUGCCUUAAGUGAAUCAGGUACAACCAUUGAAAGAAUGUUCUUACUAACGCCCAAUAGAAUUUAGAUCACACAUUUCCAUCCAUUUCCAAACGAUUUUCAUAAUUGAUAAGACCUUACUUUUGUAACGGUUUCUAAAAUUAUAUCGUAUUACAAUUUAUGAAUUGGAAGAUAGUUUGAAAUAAUGA